UCGAGGAGCUGAUGGAUAAGACUAUACCGGCCAGCAUCCGUCUCCGGAGGCCGCUGAGGAUGGACGACCACGUCUGUAAGUGACCGCGCGGCCCGGGGUGCUUGCCGACCGCUCCCCGCCCCAGCCUUUCGCAGCCCUUCCCGCGGCGCCUUCGGGCCCCCAGCGCCUGCAGGGCAGGAUUUGAGGUGCUCCCCACUCCCGCCCCGAGCGUCCCCUUUGGAACGUGUAACGAACAGAUCGUCCCACUGAAGUGCAGAAUAAGACUCAAAGAGGCAUUGCUGUACCAACACCGCCACUUUUAAUCUUGACGGGCUAACUUGGUAGAGGAGUUCGGCGGCUGCAUUUCUUGCUCGUUAGUUGGAAAUCGGCAGGAAAACGUGGGUGGCAGAUGGGAGCUCCCCGAAGAAAUAGUUUUCAGCUCAAGUGCUACAGUACUCUUCGCUUUGUCCCAAGAGUCUGAUACAGAAGGAAAAAUGUAGCAAAAAAUCGUCCCUUUAAUGGGACUGUAACUUCAAACGGGCCACUGUCUUUUGUUGGUUCUUGUGUGUUUCUGCAGGAUUUCUUUGUUGUGUGCCUUGAGUGCCCCCCCCUCCCCCCAAAUAAUCUGCAGAUUCUAAUAGUAGGAAGACCCGUUUCUCCGUGUAACCGGUACACAGUAGACCAAGGGCUAGAAUUUGGAAUCUGCUUGAUUGAGGGAAAUGGAUGGGUAAACUGCAGGAAUAAGAAACAUUUGAGCCAGCAACUAUGGCACUGCAAUAAUUCAGCAAAUUGCUGUAGGAAAACUUGAUGCAAUUUGGUAACUUUUUAUACAUUACCCUUUUUAAAAGGUAACGAUCAUGGCACAAAAUUCCUGACUGUGUAACAGAGAUCUUGAGAGGUAUCUGUGACCAUCGUGCUUGAAAUCCCAUGAGUGAAAGACGUAAAAAUACACCAAGUCAGACAAUUCCAGUAAAACUAACAAAGCUCAGUGGUCAUUCAGAUGGUGGAGUCAAUUACAUUAGUACUAACUUUAUAUGUAUGUCAAGAUCCUUUGCCUGAAGUGUAGAAAAUUUGAUCCCUCUGGAUGGUGUUUUGUCAUUGUUGUAAUUUGAGUAUAAACUUGAGGCCUGCAGCUCCGGUGAGGCUCCCGGCCAUUUUAAUCUGGUUACUCUGAGAUGACAUCACACUUGAGAGCGGAGGCAGCCCCACAAUGAACGGCCAGGCCAUGAAAACUAGAGCCUGAAAAGACAAGAGUCUAGCCAGGAGGGAUACGGUAGGGACUGAAAGUUUCUACUUCAAAGCCAUUUUAUUAGGAUGGUGGUCUUUUAGUUUUUUGUAACUUCCCAUCCUAUUAAAAUGGGUAUGUGGGUGGGGGUAGAGAAGUGGAAUUUAAACACCUUCUUCUUUCUGUAUAACUGUUGAAAGUAUUAUUCGGUGUCCCUUCCUAUGAUCCUAUGAUUAAUCUCAGAGAAAAGAACAUUUUAGAUCAUUCUGAAAAACCUGUGUUCUGUUUUGGGUUUUUUGGUUUUGGUAGGUGUUUUGGGUUUUGGUUUUUGUGGUUUUUUUUUCUUUUUGUAUGUGAUACUGUGUGCUCUUAGGAAGUUUUACAUUACUGAAACACAUAUAAAAGUGAUACUGUGCAGUUGCACAUUAAAAGAAUCCUACAUUAUUGAAAGCCAAGCUAGUGAUGCUAACCUAAAUGAAAAUCUUGAUGCAGUCUUAUGUGUUCUCAUGCUGUUUUGCAUAACAAUUUUGAAGCGGAUGUCUGCAAAGUUGGUAUGCGUUAGUUGAUGUUCUGUUUUAUGCAAGCUCCUACUGUGCAACUGGACCUCAUUAGCUAACACUGUAGUUCACUGGCAUUUUGCUCCACUUGUUAUGCUGUUCUUGUUCCCUUAGAGUAAACUUUGAAAGAAUGUGACCGUGAUCCAGAGUCUCACAUUGCACAGCAUGCAACAGUGAGUUUUCAGAAGAGAUGCUCGCGUGAGGUACAGAAGACCUUUUUCUGUACACUGCUGCUUUUUCUUCUGCAGACAGUGUGAUGAACUAACUGUCUUUUGUAAUUUAAUGUGUAGAUUUUUGUCACUGUUUGUCACUAGAUUAGCAGCAAAAAAUUGCACAGCUUGUAAAUGUUACAAGUCUCAGCUUCAAAUUUUGCAACUUCACAUUAAACGUCUUGUACCUGAGUACACUGUACUCUGAGUAAAACCUGCUUUUUCACUAAUGUACCAUUGGAAAGAAAACUAUCUUUCCGAUCACUAGUGCGGGAUUUCUUAUGUGAGUAUGGUAUGUUAUUUCUCUGUCAUUUCCCUGGAUUACAGCAAAAAAGCAAAAUUGGGAAAGUGUAAUGAGAACUGUAUUCUGUUUUAAACAUUUUCUUUUCAUUUGUGUAAAGACAACUUUGCUCCAACCGUCCCCCAAACUCAUACAUGCAAUGAGAGAAUAGGACAAGGCAAUUAAAAACAAGUUAUUCAGUUUCAACAUUCAUGAAAUUCUUAUACAAUUCCUAGUGGCUUAAAUUUACACUUCCACUUUCCAGUGUAACGUCAGUUAAAACCCAUACUCACAGGACUCCACAGUUUAGAGUGCAGCUGAGCAGAUCAGCUGUGCUUGAACUACUCCUUUGUAUUGGGAAAUGCAGUUGACCUUGCAGUGGAGUCUUGUCAAAGUCAAUGCUUACAGCUAGAAUUAGAUAUGCAGUUCAAAAAAACCACGCACACACCAUAAAUAGCACAUCUGGGUGAAAAUGAAAUCCUUGAAACUCUAUACAGUAUUGCAAGAAAGAACAAGAUAUGGAGGUCUUAUAUAGGCAUGGGUUAUUACAACUGCUCAGUGCCUCAGCCCAUUGCACGGAAUUUGUUGGAGAAUGCAGGAUGGAUUACCCAGUAUACUCCUUACCAACCUGAGGUCUCCCAGGGCAGGCUGGAGAGCCUGCUAAAUUACCAGACUAUGGUGUGUGAUAUCACAGGAAUGGAUAUGGCUAAUGCAUCUUUGCUGGAUGAGGGGACAGCUGCUGCAGAAGCCAUGCAAUUAUGUCACAGGCACAACAAAAGAAGGAAAUUCUAUGUAGAUGCUCGAUGCCACCCUCAAACUGUAGCAGUGGUCCAAACUAGAGCAAAUUACACAGGUGUUAUUACUGAGCUCAAGUUACCCCAUGAAAUGGAUUUCAGUGGAAAGGAUGUCAGCGGAGUAUUAUUUCAGUAUCCAGACACUGAAGGAAAGGUGGAAGACUUCUCUGAACUUGUUGAAAGAGCUCAUCAGAAUGGGACUCUUGCCUGCUGUGCUACCGAUCUUCUGGCUCUCUGUAUUCUGAAGCCUCCUGGAGAGUUUGGGGUAGAUGUUGUCCUGGGUAGCUCCCAGAGGUUUGGUGUGCCCCUGUGCUAUGGGGGACCCCAUGCAGCGUUCUUUGCUGUCAAGGAAAAUCUUGUGAGAAUGAUGCCGGGCAGAAUGGUGGGUGUUACAAGAGAUGCAAAUGGAAAGGAAGUGUACCGACUUGCUUUGCAAACACGGGAGCAGCAUAUCAGGAGGGAUAAAGCUACCAGCAACAUCUGCACAGCACAGGCUCUCCUGGCUAACAUGGCAGCCAUGUUUGGUGUAUACCAUGGAUCUGAUGGAUUAAGGCAUAUUGCGAGACGAGUACACAAUGCUACCCUAAUCUUGGCUGAAGGUCUCAGGAGAGCUGGUCAUAAACUACAUCAUGAUCUGUUCUUUGAUACAUUGACAAUCACAUGUGGAUGCCCAGUCAAAGAGGUUUUGGACAGGGCAACUCUUAGAAAGAUAAAUUUUCGGAUUUAUAGUGAUGACAAACUUGGAGUAUCACUUGAUGAAACCGUAAAUGAGAAGGACCUAGACGACAUACUAUGGAUUUUUGGCUGUGAGUCUUCAGCUGAGUUACUUGCUGAGGGUAUGGGCGAGGAAACCAAAGGCAUCCUUAGCACCCCAUUUAAGAGAACUUCCAAAUUCUUGACACAUCAAGUUUUCAACAGCUAUCACUCUGAAACAAAUAUUGUGCGGUACAUGAAAAGAUUAGAAAACAAAGAUAUUUCCCUUGUUCACAGCAUGAUUCCUUUGGGGUCCUGCACAAUGAAACUCAACAGUUCAGCUGAGCUUACACCUAUUUCAUGGAAAGAAUUUGCCAACAUCCACCCUUUUGUGCCCCUUGAUCAAGCUCUAGGAUAUCAGCAGCUUUUCAAGGAUUUGGAGAAGGACUUAUGUGAGAUUACUGGCUAUGACAAAAUCUCCUUCCAACCAAACAGUGGAGCCCAGGGAGAGUAUGCAGGUUUGGCUGCAAUCAAAGCUUAUUUAAAUGCAAAAGGAGAACGUCAUAGAACUGUUUGCCUUAUUCCCAAAUCUGCUCAUGGUACAAAUCCAGCAAGUGCACAAAUGGCAGGGAUGAAGAUUCAGCCAAUUGAAGUGGAUAAAAAUGGAAGCGUUGAUAUCUCCCAUUUAAAGGCUAUGGUGGACAAGCACAAAGAGAACUUAGCGGCCAUCAUGAUCACGUACCCUUCCACCAAUGGUGUGUUUGAAGAGGAGAUUGGAGAUGUGUGUGACCUGAUUCACAAACAUGGAGGCCAGGUUUACUUAGAUGGAGCAAAUAUGAAUGCCCAGGUGGGUCUGUGUCGUCCUGGAGAUUAUGGCUCUGAUGUCUCUCACUUAAAUCUUCACAAAACCUUUUGUAUUCCCCAUGGAGGAGGAGGACCUGGAAUGGGACCAAUUGGAGUGAAGAAACAUUUGGCUCCCUACUUGCCUACUCACCCCGUCAUCAAAAUACAGCCGGACAAGGAUGCCUGUCCUUUGGGUACUGUCAGUGCUGCACCUUGGGGUUCCAGUGCUAUAUUGCCAAUUUCCUGGGUGUAUAUCAAGACAAUGGGAGCAAAGGGUCUGAAACAUGCUUCUGAGAUUGCUAUACUAAAUGCAAACUACAUGGCAAAGAGGCUAGAGAAGCACUACAAAAUCCUUUUCAGAGGAGCAGGAGGUUAUGUAGCCCAUGAAUUCAUUUUGGAUACAAGACCUUUCAAGAAAACUGCAAACAUCGAAGCUGUAGAUCUUGCUAAGAGACUCCAGGAUUAUGGUUUUCAUGCUCCAACCAUGUCCUGGCCAGUGGCAGGGACACUUAUGAUUGAACCAACAGAGUCCGAAGACAAGGCAGAGCUGGACAGAUUUUGUGAUGCAAUGAUCAGUAUUCGUCAGGAAAUUGCUGAAAUAGAGGAGGGCAGGAUGGACCCCCAAAUUAACCCACUAAAGAUGUCACCACAUACUCUGAACUGUGUCACUUCUUCCAAGUGGGAUCGUCCUUAUUCCAGAGAAGUGGCAGCAUUCCCAUUGCCAUUUGUGAAGCCUGAAAGCAAGUUCUGGCCCACAAUUGCUCGCAUUGAUGACAUCUAUGGAGAUCAACAUCUGGUUUGUACCUGCCCACCAAUGGAAGCCUAUGCAUCUCCCUUUUCUGAACAGAAGAGAGCAUCUUCGUAAGAUGGCCUUUUCCUCCCAGACCUGAUAGGGGAUUUAUAUACUGUGUAUAUUUUGGGUAAUCACCAUGUUUGUUAAUUGAAUCACUGCUCAGUUAAAAUGUAAAUACAAUCAAUAUCUUAGCUGUCAACAAAAUCUGAUUGUUCCACAGCAUUUCAUGUUGAAGUUGCCUCAAUUCAGCAUUUUGUCUGUUUUGUGCUAACGUUUUAACAAUUAACACCUAAUUUGCAAAGUAGCAUGGAGGAGACACUUAAAAAACUUAGAAAAGAUGCAGAAGCAUAAGGCAAUAGUAAUGGAUAUUAACUGCAGUAGUAAUUGUUUAUAUUUUGUAAAAAAGAUGAAGUAGAUUAAUUUACUUCAUGUAUUAUCACUAGCUUUGCUGGUGUUAAUAUUUCAUACUGUAGUGUUUUUUUACCUACCAAUGUUAGUACUCUAAUAAAAUUGGUUAGAAUUUUAAGUGUUGUCAUGUUCUGGAUGUCAGCUUUUCAUCUGGAUUUAUCCAACAGAGCAGUAUGAAAUUAUGAAACUUAAGUUAAUGAUUUGUCAGGAUUGCCACAGCAGCAGGAGCUUCCACAUAAUGCAAAAUGUUGGCAGAGAUUAAUAUGGAAAUAAAUCUCUGAUUUUCAAAAUAAUCUAGAAUUUAAUCAGUUUUAGUUUUACU